UUGACGCUCGGCGGCGGGUUUGGCCGAGGUCUGCGGCCGGUGGCAGCUUGCGCCGCGGGCUCCGGAGAGCGCUGAGGUGGAAGCGGGGCGGUGUGUGUGUGUGUGUGUGGUCGGGGACCAUGUCGAGCAAUGCCGGGGAGUGGUGUCUCAUGGAAAGCGACCCCGGGGUCUUCACCGAGCUCAUUAAAGGAUUCGGUUGCCGAGGGGCCCAAGUAGAAGAAAUACGGAGCUAAGAGCCUGAGAGUUUUGAAAAGCUAAAGCCAGUUCAUGGGUUAAUUUUUCUUUUCAAGUGGCAGCCAGGAGAAGAACCUGCUGGCUCUGUGGUUCAGGACUCCAGACUUGAAACAAUAUUUUUUGCCAAGCAGGUAAUUAAUAAUGCUUGUGCCACUCAGGCUAUCGUAAGUGUACUACUGAACUGUACCCAUCAAGAUGUGCAUUUAGGAGAGACAUUAUCAGAAUUUAAAGAAUUUUCCCAAAGUUUUGAUGCAGCUAUGAAGGGACUGGCAUUGAGUAACUCAGAUGUGAUUCGACAAGUGCACAACAGUUUUGCCAGACAGCAGAUGUUUGAAUUUGAUACAAAGACACCAGCCAAAGAAGAAGAUGCUNUUCACUUUGUCAGUUAUGUUCCAGUCAAUGGAAGNCUGUAUGAACUGGANGGAUUAAGAGAAGGUCCAAUUGAUUUAGGUGCGUGCAAUCAAGAUGACUGGAUGACUGCAGUGAGGCCAGUAAUAGAGAAAAGGAUUCAAAAGUAUAGUGAAGGAGAAAUUCGAUUUAAUUUAAUGGCCAUUGUAUCUGACAGAAAAAUGAUAUAUGAACAGAAGAUAGCAGAGUUACAAAGACAACUUGCAGAGGAGGAACCCAUGGAUACAGAUCAGGGUAGUACUGUGUUAAGUGCUAUUCNGUCAGAAGUUGCCAGAAACCAGAUGCUUAUUGAAGAAGAGGUACAAAAGUUAAAGAGAUAUAAGAUUGAAAAUAUCAGAAGGAAGCAUAAUUACUUGCCUUUCAUUAUGGAAUUGUUAAAGACCUUAGCAGAACACCAGCAGUUAAUUCCACUUGUGGAAAAGGCAAAAGAAAAACAGAAUGCAAAGAAANCUCAGGAAACUAAGUGAAGAGGAUAUUUGGACGUGUGUACAGUGUGCUGCACUUAAUUUCAUGGACACCAUUAAAUAAAAGGAACUUUGAACAUCAUCUUAAUUGACUCAGUGCACGUUUGGCAUAGUACCAGUCUGUCUUGUCCUUUAUGCAUGGAGUUAAAACUUUCCCUACCUGCAUCAUGUGCAUGUAGUGCAUNUUAAAUAAAA